AUGAGCAAAAAAUCAGAAGACACAUCUUCUGUUAGCCCUAUGGCUACUGGUGUGGAUCCAAGUAUUCGGGCCAUACUAGACGCUAUGCAGAAGCAGAACGAAAUCAAGUUAAGAAAACUGUUAAAGGAGACUAUUAAAGCAGCGACUAGUCGGAGUUAUCAGGGGGCGCAUGAUCCAAAAUUAAAUAAUAAAAUAAAAGGUUUUGUUACUGAAAAGUUAGAGAGAUUUCAUGACAACAAAAGCAUUGCCUGUGCAGAGUGCAGUGUAUCAAUGUGCACUAAAAAUGCAAGCAACGUGACGAUUACUUUUAGAACACCACAAGCACCACGAAAACACAAUCAAGACCAAACAAGAUCAAGUUCAAAAGUGAAGUUACGUGAGCUUAUUACUGCUAACGACCAAAAAUUGAAUUACGAUCCCGAGCAUCAACUCGCUGAUCUUCAAGUAGAAUGUUCCGACAAAGACAGGACGACACAAGAGUUCGAGAAGCACAUAGAGGACAUGAAGGAGGAAGAAGAAUUAGGUGAUAUAAUAAAACUUCAUGAUGAAGAAAAAUAUAAACUGAUACAGCAUUGGUGUUCUGUAGAAUGUCAAACUGUCAUAAAGGGUUACAUUGAUGGAAAAGUGCAUAAGGAAAGUAGUGAGACAGAGAGCAUAAAGAACGCUGCGAUUAAUGAAGUAGAACAAGAAAUAAUAAAUAAGGACCCACAAAUUGAUGAUCAAUGUAAAAAAAAAAAAAAAAAAGAUGAGAAAUUUCAAGAAGAGCAAGCAGAGAAUACAACUGAGAUUGGAGAUCAUUCAAGAUAUGCAGUGAGUGCCCAGCAACAUGAGGAUGAUCUUAAGCAACUGGUUGGAUUUAAGAAGCAAUUGGAGAAGAAAUUAGCUGAUGCUUACGAAGAGGUCGAGGAACAACGUCAGGUUGUUGGACAAUGGAAACGACGCGUGCAAAGUCUGAAUGGCGAGAUGCACGACUUGAGACUACUGUUGGAAGAACAAACAGCUAGGAAUAAUCUUCUGGAAAAGAAACAGCGCAAAUUUGAUUCAGAAACUCAGAAUCUAAUGAACGAUCUGCGGCAAGAGAAAGCGCAACGUAAAAGAUUAGCUAGAGAAAAAGAAAUCGCGAUCGCGGAGUAG